AUGGCCAUUUCAAAAGCAAUAACUUCUGCGAUCACUAUCCAUGUUGUCGUUGGAAACGAAGCUUGUGACCUGGACUCGGCGGUUUGUGCGAUUUGUCUAGCUUUCGCUCUUAACCAAAACCAGAAACAAAAUGAGAGAAGAACAGUUUAUGUUCCUUUAUUGAACAUUUCAAGAAAAGAUUACAGAAUCAGGACAGAAGUAAAAUAUCUCCUGGAAAACGUCGGAAUUGCUGAAGAAGACUUAUGCUUCCUUGAAGAUAUCAACCUUAGAUUGUUACAUGAAAAAAAGUUAUUAAAAAUAACAUUGGUUGACUUCAACACAUUUGCUGGAGCUAUUUUGAUAGACACUACAUGCUUAGAAGACAGAUCAAAAACAACAGAAAAAGAUAUCAACAUUGUUGAUGAAAUUGAAAAGCAGUUUGUUGAUUUUGAUAGGAAUGCAUUGUACAACAAUAUAUUAGUUGCCAAAGAUCAAAUAUCCGGUUUGACCCUUGAAGAAAUUUUGAGGAAGGAUUUAAAAUUUGCUGACAAAAUGAUUAAUAAUCACAUGGUUAAAAUAGCUAUUCCAGUUAUUCGAAUUAACAUCCAUGACUUCUUUGAAGAAAAUUCAGAUGUUGAAGGAAGAAUCAAAAAACAACUUGAAAUGUUCAACUCAUCAGCUCUCAUAAUUAUGUUCAUGGAUACCAAAGUCAAUCUCAGAAGAUUUAUAGCUGUUUAUUCUUAUGAAAAUGACAUCUUAGAAAAAUUGAUAAAUGGACUUGUGAACUCUAAAACCGUAGAUUUGAAAUUUCAAAAAAUAAUUGUUAAAAACUCAGAAAAUUUUAUAUGUUUUGAACAACUGAACAUUUCUGCUUCAAGAAAAGUUUUACUACCAUUAAUAGAGAAUUUUUGA